AUGAAUCAGCCGGACCGGAUAGACAAGUUUGUGGUGCCUGAGGGCGUCAAGAAGGUGUCUUACGAGCCGGACACGAAGAUAGCGAACGCCGGGACGUUCACGAUUCAGAGGGAGGACCACACAAUCGGCAACCUCAUAAGAAUGAAACUUCAUGAGGACUCCCGGGUUCUGUUCGCCGGCUAUAAGAUCGUCCAUCCGCUGGAGCACAAAGUGCUGGUCAAGGUUCAGACAGAUGGCUCCAUACCACCAAGUGAAGCAUUCUCUGAUGCCAUUGAUGACCUUGGUCGACAAUUCUCGGCUCUCAGGGAUAAUUUUGCAGUGAGACGGCUUCCGGCACACUGA